GUUUGAACCACCCGCCUACAGCGUCCCCGAAGCUGAACGCCUCGCGGCCUUGGGCCUGAAACUUCGGAUCCGAGGAAGAUAACAACUCCGCCUGCAAAGCCUCUUGGCAAGGUCAAUGCCAGUGCUCUGAGCACUCAGAAACAAGGGGAGAAGAGGGGGUUUAGGGGGCCCAUGUGAGACAUAGAGACGCUCGCCCUCCUGCUUUGGGGAGAGGCCGUAGCUCAGCGGUGCUUUGCAUGCAGUGGGUCCCAGGUUCAAAUCCUGGCUGCGUGUCCCUUCUGAAAGGUCUGCGCAAUGCCUCCCGUGGAAGAAAACACCCCCUUGAUUGGCAACAGAAGCAGCAGUCUCUCCUCCACCAAGUCAGACGCCCUCAGGGUAAUCCUUUACCACCAGCCAAACUCCCCGCAGUUGGUCCCAGACUCAGCCGGCAGCCUCAACUUCACCUUUGGGGAGUACACAGCUGAGGAGCUCUGCAUCGCAGCAGCCAAAGCAUGUGGUAUCCUCCCUGUGUGCCAUCCUCUCUUUGCUCUGGCCAGAGAGGACCUCUCCGGGUGGUACCCCCCCAGCCAUGUAUUCAUCGUGGAUGGCGCAUCCAGUCAAGUGGUUGUCUAUCGGAUGAGGUUUUUCUUCCCCAACUGGUUUGGACCCCGAAAAUCAUAUCGCUGCGGGCUGACAAAUGGCCAAGUCAGUCCCGUGCUCGAUUACCCAACCAUUGAUUAUCUCUUUGCCCAGUCCCGCAGCGAUUUCAUCACCGGGCAGAUGGAUGUAUCCCUGACAAUGGAGAACCAAGAGACCUGCCUUGGCCUGGCUGUGCUUGACAUGUUGCGGAUCUCCAGGGAGAAAAAGCAGAGCCUAGAGAAGAUAUUCAGAAAUCUCAGCUACAAGUCCUGCCUUCCGCAGAAAAUGCGAAGCCAGCUCCAGGCGCAAAACUUUGUCACCCGCAAACGGAUCCGCCGCCAGUUUGGCCGCUCCCUGCGCCAGGUCAGCAGCCUCCAGACCGAAGACCGCUUCCUCAAGCUGAAGUACCUCAUUGAGCUGGAGAGUCUUGAGGCCUGCAUGGCCAAAGAGACUUUCCCAACCUGGAUCCCCGGCCAGGUGGCCAAGGAGCCCACACAGCUGAUCCAUGUCUCUGGAGAAAAGGGGAUCUUGACGAGUCCCAGUGGUGCUGAGGCCCCGCACUUGUUCUGCGACUUCCCUGAGAUUGCGGACAUCACCAUCAAGCAAGCUGUCCGGGACGGUCUGCCUGUGGAGAACCGUAUCAUCACCAUGACUAAGGCGGACAGCCGGGUUCUGGAAAUGGAGUUCCCCACCCUGACGGAGGCCUUGUCUUUCGUCUCCCUCGUCGACGGCUACUACCGGCUGACGGUCGACGCCCAGCACUAUUUUUGCAAGGAGGUGGCUUCCCCCAGGCUCCUGGAAGAACUGGAAUACCGCUGUCAUGGCCCCAUCAAGUCAGAAUUUGCCCAACACAAACUGAAAACAGGCUACGGCGGUGGAGCCUAUGUCCUUCGACAAAGCACAGAAGAUUUUGACAGUUACCUGCUUACCAUCUGUGUCGAGACCCCUAUCGGGAAGGACUUCAAAACCCUGUUGAUUCAGAAAGGCCGAGACGGCACCUACUCCACCGCCGGGGUGGCAAAGAAGUUCUGCAGCCUGCGGGAGAUGCUAGGUGCAUGUCAGCGGUUCAGCCUCUUCGCCGACAGGAUGGCCAUCCAGCUGGGCCCACAUUGCCCCCCACGUCCCAAAGAAAAAUCCAACCUGUUGAUUGUGAGGGGGGGCAGCUGCCACCAGCUUGCCACCUCCCCGGCCGCUCCACGGAGGGCUCUCAACCAUAUGAUGUUCCAGAAGAUCCACGUAGAGAAUCUGGUGCAGUGUGAAAAUCUGGGGCAAGGGACCUUCACCAGGAUCUACCGGGGCACCAAACGAGAGCCAAAGGAAAGCAACGAUAUUGAGGAAGAGGAAAGAGAGUGUUGGAGUCGCCCAACGGAGAUUGCAAUAAAAGUCUUGGACCUCGCCCAUUGCAGCUGGGCCGAGCCCUUCCUCGAAGCCGCCAGCAUGAUCAGCCAGAUCUCUCACAAGCACCUCGUUCUGCUCUAUGGAGUCUGCAUGGGAGAGGAAAGCAUCAUGGUGCAGGAGUACGUCAGGCAUGGCGCCCUGGACAGUUACCUGCGAAGGAACCAGGCCAGCGGCAAAGUGACAGCCACUUGGAAACUCCACGUGGCCAAGCAGUUAGCCUACGCCCUCAACUUCCUGGAGGACAAAAAUAUAGUCCACGGCAACGUUUCUGCCAAAAAAGUCCUGCUAGCACGGGAAGGGAAUGCUGCAAGCGGUCAGCCCCCUUUCAUCAAACUCAGCGACUCGGGCGUCAGCACCUCUGUCCUUCCCAAAGAGCUGUUAAUCAACCGGAUCCCGUGGGUAGCUCCAGAAUGUCUGGAAGACCCCAAGAACCUUGCAGUGGAGUCAGACAAGUGGAGCUUUGGCGCCACCUUGUGGGAGAUCUUUAAUGGUGGCAACAUGCCUAUGAGGCUGAUGGACCCUCAACUAAAGCUGGAAUUCUACCAGAAUCGCCACCAGCUCCCUCCUCUCAAAUGGACAGAGCUGGCCAAUCUGGUGGGCCAGUGCAUGGAUUACAACCCCCAGUGGCGCCCAGCUUUCCGCGCCAUCCUCCGUGACCUCAACAGCAUCAUCACUUCAGAUUACGAGCUUCUUUCGGACUUCCCGACGAGCGAUAGCUGUGGAGGAUAUACGGACGUUUCUCUGUGGCAGGAUCCCACCCUCUUUGAGGACCGUCACCUGAAAUACAUUUCAGUGCUGGGCAAGGGGAAUUUCGGCAGCGUGGAGCUGUGUCGAUACGACCCACUGGGUGACAGCACCGGGGAGCUGGUUGCGGUGAAGCGGCUACAGCAGAGCUCAGCCGAACAGCAGGCCGACUUCGAGCGGGAGAUUGCCAUCCUGCGCUCCCUGCACCAUGACUUCAUCGUCGCCUACCGUGGAGUGUGCUACAGUCGAGGCCAGAACUGCCUCCGGCUGGUGAUGGAAUACUUGCCCAAUGGGUGCCUGAGGAACUACCUGCAAAAGAACCAAGAGCGGCUAGACCUCAAGAAACUCCUCCUUUACGCCUGGCAGGUCUGCAAGGGCAUGGAGUACCUCGGAUCUCAGCGCUACGUCCACAGGGACUUGGCCACUAGGAAUAUCUUGGUGGAAAAUGAAAACCGCGUCAAGAUCGGGGACUUUGGCUUGACGAAAAUCCUCCCGCAGGGCAAGGACUAUUAUGUGGUGCGCGAGCCUGGACACAGCCCAAUCUUCUGGUAUGCGCCAGAAUCUCUGGCUGACAACGUCUUCUCGCAGGAGUCCGACGUCUGGAGCUUUGGCGUUGUCCUCUACGAACUUUUCACCUACGGGAGCAAAAGCUGCAGCCCCUCCGAGGAAUUUCUCCGAAUGUUGGGGCCCGCUAAGCCCACUUUGAUCGUUUGCCACCUCUUAGAGCUACUGAAACAGAACCAGCGCCUCCCUUCACCUGCCAAUUGUCCGACCGAGGUUUUUGCUUUGAUGCAAUCCUGUUGGUCCUUCGCACCGAGCCGGCGGCCCCAAUUCUACAAGCUGGCCCCCCAGAUUGAAGCCCUGAGGAACAGCCGGUGCAAAGCUCGGGGCUAAGGAGCUGAUAAAGACUUUCUCCAAGACCAUCUGCAGCUCCCUUCUACAGAGUCAGUCCAAGCCCAGGACACUCGUAACAGAGAAGCGUUUCCCCCCCAUCACCAGUGAAGCCACCUUCUCUGCCUUGGGGAUGCCAGGCUUCGUACCCGGGGCUACACCGCCCCUCAUAUAAUUCACCAAGGGCCAAGUUCAUCCUUCCUUUUCAGACUUCUUCAGAAGGCCAACCAAAGGAGCUUUUAAGCUCAGAUGGCUGCUGGCAGAUCCCAGACAAACUUGUCACUUAUCGGGCGCUUACGUCACUUGUCUGCAUUAGCCGCAAGAAAGAUCAGAACGGCCUUCCGGAAUGACACCAGUGUCCAAAGCUAAGGAGAGCUCAGCCGAGGGUGCGCCUAAUCUAAACAAAGGCAGUAAACUCUUAUUACUCCCGUUCAUCGUUUGGGGUUUUUAUCCGUGCUUUAUCAGAUUGAAAUGUAGUGUUUUAUAAAGAUGUUCUUUUGUAUGUUUCUCCAUAUUGUAAUGGCCAUUGGCUGAAAAGAAUAACAAUGAAGUCUCUCCGCUUGGGACUUGCAACACCGAGAACCACCCCAUUCUUUCCAUUCUAAUAUAACUUCACCAUGUGCAUUAAUGUUAUGUAUUAUUAUGUAUAAUAUUAGAAAGAUGUACCUGUCUAUACUGCAGGUAUGUACUUUGCAUCUAAUUAUAUUUCUCCUCAUAAUCAUGUUUCGUCUCCAGUCAGAAGGUACGUAACUGGAUACUGGUGCAGAAUCAAGCUAUAUUGGGAGGCCUCCUCCCAUGUCUGUUGCACAAGAGAUCACAACAGAGUAUGGAUGCUGCUGCAUGUACGCAAAGCACAUGCUCUGCCACUGAGAUAUAGCCCUUCCGUUCCUCACAACAGCCCUGUGAGGUAGGUCAGGGUGAGUGUAUGUGUGUGUGAUUGGUCUAAAGUCAACCAGUGAGGUUCAUGUUUAAGUGGAGGAGCCUGUCAGCAUGUAAUAUCUGCUCAGAGAUCUGCACUGGUUGUUGAUUUGUUACUAUUGGUAUAUAAAGCCUUUAAUGGCUUGGGAUGAAUUUACUUACGGGACCAUCUUAUCCCAAAUGUGUCCACUCGACCGCUUCUGUCUGCGGAACUGACACCAUUAGAGGUGCCACGUAAUAAUCGUUCCAUGUUGAUAAGAAAUUGCUAUUUCAGUGUGCCAGCACCUACACCUUGGAACUCCCUGCCUCUUGAUGUCACUGUACUCUUUUCAGUGCCGACUUAAAACUACUGAGGGGGAGAGAAAAAGAAUGCAGGCUGGCCUGAGGCCCAUUAUGAGUUUGUAACAAAGGCACAAUUCACAGGUUUAAUGAGGAAGGUGACACUGAAUUCAGACAAUAUUUCUUUAACAGUGAGAAAGGACAGUCAAAUCCCAGUCUGCGUCUGCGUUGGGAUUGCUUUUUAAUAUGUUUUUAAAUUUUUUUUUUUUAAAAAAAACAUUUUAAUCUUUUUUGAAAGAUGUUUGGAAAGCUUUUAAAAAAUGUUUAUAAAGAUGUUUUGUUUGUAUUUUAAAGUCCAUGUUUAUGAUGUUUUAAAGUGUAUUUAGUGCUUUUGUUUGCCGCCCUGGGCUUCUGCCGGGAGGAAG